GUUUAAACUAGCUGGAUUUUUACAUAAUUAUAAUAAUAAUAAUAAUAAUAAUACAAUUAUCCACUGAAUAAACGCGUUUUAUUGCAAGAAAAUACGUUAUGUGAGCCCCACUCUUCAUGUUUUUUUUCCAUUACCCAGCAGCCGUUUCCCAUAUUAAUCAUUAAGCCAGCAAAAUCUAUAUAAACAACCAUUUUUUCAUAAAAGCUUUAAGAAAAAAGUUGAACCAACCUAAAAGGUAUUACUAUCUUUAAAGCUAAAGCAAACCCAGAAACCAGAAAGGAGGAACUCAAUUAAUCAAACACACAUUCAUUCAUUUUGUUUACCAUAAAAUGGAGCUUAAAGAGGAAGACCCACCUCCUUUUUGGCUGCCCAGCACGGCUGCAAAUCGCCAUCAUCGCAGACGACACCAAGCAGCUUCAAGCCUGUUUCUGAACACCGGAGUUCUUGUUGUGUUGUUGCUGUUUGCUGCAAUUGUGUUUUUAUCUAUUGUGAUUCCUUCUGUUCUGUCUUUGGCUAGACAAGUGUUUAAUCCAAGUUUAGUGAAGAGUAGUUGGAAUUCACUUAAUCUUGUACUUGUAAUCUUUGCUAUUGUUUGUGGGUUUUUAGGAAGGAAGGAUAAUGAUGAUCAAACACCAGGGAAUAGUCCUAUGAGAAGAGAUCAGGCUGUUAAAUCUACUGAUUUGACUCCUCGGCAAUGGUAUGAAUAUCAAGAUAAUAGUUUUGGUAAUGUAGAUAGUGUAAGGAGAUUGAGAAGGAAUAGCAGUUCAUACCCAGAUCUUCGAUUAGAGGGAUCGUCGAUGGUGAAUGAGAAUCGAUGGCGCUUUUAUGAUGAUACUCAUGUUUGUAAUUAUCAGUUUGUAAGAUCUGAAAGUCGGAUUAGUCGCAGCAGAUCUUUGGGUGUGGUUGAUGAAGAUGAAAUUGAUGUUAAAUGUAUUGAGGUUGAUAAUACUUGUGCAAGUAGUGCUAAUGACAUUACGCCUUUAACAACUCCUGAGAAAAUUGCUGAUGUUAAGAACAUUGACAAGGAUACUGUCCAAAUUGAUCACAACAAGUCUGAACCUGCUCCAGUAUCACCACCAGCCUACUUAAACCAACCGUUGUCACCACCGCUAUCGCCAUCGUAUUUCUGUUCAUCACCAUCACCACCACCACCACCACCACCACCGCCUCCGCCUCCGCGCAAGAAUCGUGAUGCUAAGCGAAACGAUGACCCCACAAAGAGAGCUUCAACAUCACCGCCUGUAUACUCAAAACAACCAUUAUCACCGGUAUCACCGACGUAUUUCUGGCCAUCUCCAUCACCACCUCCACCGCCGCCACCACCUCCGCCGCCCUUGCAAAAGAAGCGGAACAACUCGACGAAUAGGGAAUCUAGAUCACAACAAGCUUCAUUUCCACAGCAACCAUUGUCACCAUCAUCACCCUUAUCACAAAUCAAUUACUUAUGGCCGCCACCAUCACCACCACCACCUCCUCCGCCUCCGCCUCCUCCGGCACCACUACGUACAUAUUCAUCGAUUUUAUCAAAAAAGAAGCAUGAAAAUAAGAAGAGUCCACCAAAAAGAGAAUCAAGAUCACAAGUUCAAAUCAAAAUGCCACCGCCGCCUCCACCUCCGCCACCACCACGAACACCACCUCGUUUACGAACAAAAGUAGGCCAAUCAUUGGAAGAUAAAAUAGAUAAAAAAGGAGGAGGAAUUGUGAUUAGAACCCUAGGCCGUCUACCACGAAGGAAAAGAAAACAAACAAGAAGAAGUUAUGAAAAUUUGUCGGAGUUCAUUGAACCUCCGAAAGUAUCAAUUCACCGUUCAAAAUCAACACCUGAAUUUCCACCUUCAUCACCUCCGAAACCGAUACCGGCGCCGCCAUUAUCUCCACCACCACAUUCCAUAUUCCAAAACUUAUUUUCUAAAAAAGGAAAGAGUAAAAAGAAAGUCCAUACCCUUUCACAAUCAGCUCCUCCAGCUCCACCACCACCACCAGCCAGCCGCGUGAAUCAAAACAGAGGUAAUGGCAGUGAAUCGCCACUGAUCCCAAUACCGCCACCACCACCUCCGCCGUCAUUCAAAAUGCCACCAUGGAGGUAUGUGAUGCAAGGUGAUUAUGUGAGAUUAGAAAGCAACAAUAACAGUCCACGCAGUGGUUAUUCACGAUCAGAAGAUGAAGACAGUUCACCGAACAAUCAAAAACCUAGCACAAAAUCAAGCUUGUUUUGUCCAAGUCCAGAUGUGAAUACUAAAGCGGAUGAUUUCAUUGCCAGAUUCCGAGCCAAAUUAAUACUUGAGAAGUUGAAUUCAAUCAAACAAAAUCAAGGGACUGGUCCUUCACCAUUGGGUCCAGAUUCAACCCGAUCCUGAUCACAGAUCAAUAUUCAAGCCAUUCUAUAUUAAUUUUUAGAUACAAAAACAAGGAUUUUAGUGAUUUUAUCAUUUUCUUCAUUAAUUUAUACCUUUAUUUAUUCUUUAGUUUGAGUGUUUAUACAAAUAAAAAAAAGAACCUCACAUACAUGUAGGAAGAAUGUACACAGAGAUAUUGAAUGGUUACUUUUUGUUUUGUUCAUCUGUCAUAAAUCAUAUUCAUAGGCAUAUGAAAUAUAUGAUAUCUUUCAACUUGAGAGUUUUUAAAAGAAAA